CUCAGUGCAUGUUUUGUUUUUGUUGGGGGGGUGGAAGGGGGGGGGGGGGGGGAUGCCAAUGGCAGCAACAUGAGCGGAGCCCAACAGGACCGAGCCCUGACGGCGGGCAGCCUCGUGAACGGGACCACCGCUUUGGGUCUGCGCGACGAGGGGAUGGACACGGCCCUGUUUGAAUUCAAAGUGUUUAAUAUUGUCAUCAUCGGUCUGGCCGUGUGUAUCCUCACCAUCACCGGGCUGUACUGCGUCACUGCCUGCUACAACCGCACCAGUGCCAUAUCCUUCAUCAGGCAGUCAAAGCGAGCCCACGUGUACGAGAGCGCAGUGACCCGAGGGGUGCCGGCCGACCCCGUGGCGGUCAAAGCAGUGAAGAGGUCGACCAGCUUCCUCAACCCUCUGACCUUCUUCAGGAAGCCGGAGGCAGCGAAGGACAACUCCAGGAUCUAUUACAUCUACAGUAACCCGCUGCCCGUGGGCCUGAAGGAGGAGGAAGAGGAGGACACUAAAGUCCAACAGAGAUUUCAGGAGAAAUGUGCAAUGUCGCUGCCGCUGUUGAUCCAAGAGUACGCCAGCGAUCCGGACAGUGGCGUCCUCCUGGACCCUCCGAUGUUUUACAUGCAACUUUAGAGGGGGGUGGGGCUUUUCUCCAGGCUGAGAUUUGCAGCUGUGGCCAUGGGAUGUUAAGUCACCAUUUGCAGGGCCAUUAAAGGGGCACUCCACGGAUUCUUCAUGUUAAGUUUAUGUGUCAUAGGGAGAAUUAGUAAGUAUGUGAAAGUGGUUGUAUGAUGUCUUCUGGGGCUUUUCUGGAGGUUAGGAAAGUCUAAUAUAUGAAGUCACAUCCAUGUCCUGAGGAUUAGCUCUCAUACCAUAACAUAGCCUAACUUUAUGAAAGUUCAGAAGUGAAUCGUCGGAGUACACUACUAAUCUGUCUGUUUCUUUGUUUAUUUAGCAGAAUUACGCAAAAUCCUUCCAAGUUUCAAGGAAAUCGGUUCAGUAGUUUUUGUGCAAUCAUCACCAUGUGCACAGACAACUUGACAUGCUUCUGUUGUCUCUGUACAAAUAUACACAACCUGAAGAUACCGUGACCUGGAUCAGCACAGACACAGUUACUCAUGAGUAGUUUGUAGACAGUGAAUGGUUUACAGGCUCAGCCAAUAGGAAGUAGUUCAACAUUUUGUAAUAAUAGAAGUGGAUGCAUAACUCAAUUAAAUAGAUGCUAAUAUCAAGUAAAGGUUUAAUGCCAUUGAUAACAAAUAGGCCCUAUAAUUUUGCAUAUGACAUAUAAGGGUUUUAAUGCAUGUUAGGAU